UGGUCAGAAUGACUGUAUAUCCGUUCUGAAUAUUAGGGGGAAAGAUGGCGGAAUGUUUCGAGCCGGAAGUGAAAAAACCUCGUCUAGAUUCAAGCCCGCCUUUAUAUGGAUCGCUGGGAUACAUAUAUCAAACCAAAUCCAAGCAAGAAAAGAUAAGAUAUGAGGAACUCCAGAAAAAGUUUUUGAAGAAGUAUAAUGGUGUUUUCCCAGCAUUCUUUGCAAGAGCACCAGGCAGGGUCAACCUUAUUGGUGAACACAUCGACUACUGUGGGUAUGGCGUGUUGCCGAUGGCUCUAGAGCAAGACAUUGUCAUUGCUGCAUGUCCCAACACUAAAGGAAUUCUUCGCAUUGCUAACACCAAUCCAGAUUUCAAGGAUUUCAGUGUGGAUAACAUUGAUUACAACAUCGAUGGCGAGGAGUGGUAUCAUUACUUCCUCUGUGGAUAUAAGGGAAUUGUUGACCGAGUCCCUAUACUCGACCCAGUUGGAAUGAACGUCUUGGUUGAUGGUAACGUACCAAACAGUGCAGGUCUGUCUAGCUCAUCUGCUCUUGUUUGCUGCUCCUGUCUGGCGACGCUUCAUGUUAACACAUUGGAGCUUAGCAAGACCGAGCUUGCAGAAGUGUGUACAAAGUGCGAGAGGUACAUUGGGACUGAGGGCGGUGGCAUGGAUCAAGCAAUCUCAUUUCUUGCUGAACCUGGAACUGCAAAGCAUAUAGAAUUUAACCCUAUCAGGGCCUUUGACGUCACUCUGCCAGAUGGACUUGCCUUUGUUAUCGCCAACAGCCUGGUGGAAAUGAAGAAGUCAACCUCUGCAGGGACACAUUUUAAUGUGCGUGUGGUAGAAUGCCGGCUUGCUGCCAAGGUUUUAGCAAAAUCCAAAGGACUCGAUUGGCAGAAAAUCCGCCGCCUGAGUGAAGUACAAGAUGCUCUUGGUGUGAGUCUUGAUGAAAUGGUGACUAUUGUGGAAUCAACUCUUCACAAUGAAGCAUACACCAAGGAGGAGCUUUGUAAAUUUUUUGAAUUGAGUGAUGCAGAGCUGGUAACAAAGUGUAUGAGUGAGUCAACAGCUGCUGUAACCAGCUUUAAGUUACAUGACCGAUCAAAGCAUGUCUACUCAGAGGCAGCGAGGGUUCUCAAGUUUAAAGAAGUCUGCAAAACCAAACCUCAGGAUGCCGCACAGGUCCUUGGAGAGUUGAUGAACGGCAGUUUUAAGAGUUGUAGCGAGCUUUAUGAGUGUAGCUGCGAGGAGCUUAACACCCUAGUGACUAUCUGCAGGAAAGCGGGUGCCCUGGGUUCUCGCCUGACCGGGGCGGGCUGGGGCGGCUGCACUGUAUCCAUGGUCCGUGAACAAGAUGUGGAUGACUUCAUCGCGAAGGUCACCAAAGAGUACUACUCCACCCCUGCCCGUCAGGAGCGAGUCUCGGAGGCGCUGUUUGCGACCAGGCCUGGUAGUGGAGCGGCCCUUGUCUGUCUCAAUGAUUGAGCUGUUCAUUUGCAUCCGUGUCAUUCAAUGAAGGGUUUCCUGUGUCUGUCCCUUCUGAUGGAAAUGCAUCAAUGUACUACGUGUCCUUCCGUGGGUUCCCUGUGUCUACCUCCGCUGAUCGAAAUGCAUCAAUGUACGACGUGUCUUUCCGUGGGUCCCCUGUGUCUACCUCCACUGAUCGAACUGCAUCUAGGUACCACGUGUCUUUCCGUGGGUCCCUUUGUUCCCUCUACUGAUAGAACUGCAAUACGGGUACCCUGUGUUUUCUAAGUAACUGAACAGUUUUCUGGUCAUUUUUGUAAUGUGUGUCUCAUCUCCCGCGCUGGUUUUAUCAGCGGCGGAUCCAGGAUGGCAAGUGCCCCCUCCCCUACCCCCUCCUUCGGACUGAGUUUUUAGAAGAAAUGUGCUCAAACUAAAUUCCACGAAUAAACCUCCCCUCAUAUGUUUCUAUAGUAAUGGCUCACCCCACCCUUCUGCUCGGAACUCACCUCUCCGAUAUAUCCCGGAUCCGCCCCUGAUUUUAGCUGUACCCUCAUAUUAAAUCAUAGC